GAAGCUCUCGUGACUCUCGUCCUUCUCUCUCUUGUUUGGUUUCUCUCUUACGUAAAUAAAACCAGGUGGUGCUUGAGGGCUUCUCGAUCUCCAGAUUGUGCACUGAAGCUGGAUUCUAUCCCAAGACAAAGGCUUUUCUCCAAGAUUGCCUACAAUCUUUUUCUCUACCGAUGCCAGGACUUGGUAUACCAACCAAAAAGUGAAGCUACAUUCAUCAUGGUUAGCAUUCGUAGUAAGCUCGUCAAAGAAGCUUUUUCGCCAAACUCUGAUGAGUUUCCUCAAAAUCACCUCUGCAGCAAGCUCGUAAAUUUGGUGAUAUAUUGUCAGAUCUGCUCGUCUGGUCUGCGGAGCCAAGGUUCUCUCCUCUCUUCAUAUUUUCUAUUUCUUUAUUCAGCCGUCCCGCGUUCUCGGUCUCCUGAAGCCAAGCAAAGGUCUCAUAGGAUCUGUUCAGAGCUAAUCGGAGAGGCUAGGGCCUGGUUUCUUGGCUGGCUCUCUUCCGGCUUCUCCACGAGAACCAUCUCUUUGGCCCCUCUUCUUCUACUAUGGCGUUCCAAUUUUCAACUCCAAGGGGUUGACUCAAGUGAUGGUCAGCUAGAGAAACUGAAAGUCGACCAGUAUAAGGUUUAUUUGAGGAGGAAUGGAUUGAGAUUGACUGGCAAUAAAGGAUUGAAAAUGGAGGGGAGAAGAAAUACCCCGUCUCGCAGUCUCAGUUUCGUUUCCUCCUAUAGCCCGUGGCUUGGUUCAUCUUCUUCACUCACUUGUCUUCCGCGAAGUAGGCUCCGAUCAAGAAGCCAAUGUUGGUUGGUUGCAUUUGAUAAAUUUGUACACGUGUUUUGAUUUAAAAUUUGUGAGUUGGGAAGUGCGAGUGAAUUUUGCUCUUUCAUGUUUUCUUAUUCGCGUAGAGCAUUAAGAAUUGUUUUAAUGAUUAAUUUUAGAGUUCCCUUGUGAAGCUUAAUCAAUGUUCACAGGUUAUAUCA